UGCUUGUUUUGCUGCGGUUAAAGUGAUGGAUAGUGAGGAAUAUAAAGAAUAUCGUUCCAAACUUAUUUCACUAGUACGUAAAAAUAAAGUCUUAUGGGAUAAGACUAAAAAAGUCCGCCUCAGUUAUGCGGCGAAAAGCAAAAUUUGGAAUUCGAUAGGAAAAGAGUUAGGUCAACCAGGAGAGAUGGUACGUAAAAAUUGGCAGUGUUUGCGUGAUCAAUAUCGUAGAGACGUGAAGAAACAAAUGGUAGACGGGAUUGCAUCUUCCUGGAUAUUUUUCGAUGAAAUGACUUUCAUUCGGAAAUUUUUACAUAUUCGGAAUUUAGAUGGAAGCCUAGACUCAGAAGAUUCCGAAAUUAUAAACAAAAGUGGUGGCCCAAAAAAGAAGAAAACAUCCCGUAGAUCAUAUUCGAGGAUCAUUCCAACAACAGACAAUUUUAUGACCCAGAUUUUUCCUACAGCAAGUAAUCAUGUAAACUCAGAUUGCCAGGAACAAGAAGAACAGCAAGAGAGUGGUGAUUUGCCGCCUACGAAAGUAAAUUCGACAACCCGUUUGCAUAGACCAAUUAAAAUGGGCAUGGGCAAUCGUGCAGAAUUCACACCUCACAAACAAUCUCAACGAAUCCCGCCUGUGAGUAAUGUUUACGAAACUCCGAGAAGCAUUGAAAUACCGAUUAUUGAAAUUAAAGACGAAGUCGAAAUUUUAGCAGCUGAAAACGACAUAGUUGCCGACACGACUGUUGCUUCGGAGAACUCCACAAAUAUAAUGGAAGCAGACUGUACUACAAAUGAAAAAAAUUCAGCAAAAUUUAGUAGGAAUUCAAGUAAACAUGUAGAAAUAGAAAAGGCACCGACUGAUAAGGAGGAUGACGAUUAUCAUUUUGUGAUUAGUCUCUUGCCAACAUUGCGACGCAUUUCUAAUGUUCGAAAACUAAAAACGCGUAUGGAAAUAAUGAAAGUUGUAAUGGAGGCGGCACAAAGCAAUGACACAUAAAUAAUAUGUAUUAUACAUAUGUUGCUAUAAAUAUGUAAACUAACUAUUAGAUAGAUAGAUAACGGGUGGGCCAUCUAACGUUUUAAAUUUGAAUUAUCUAUAUUUCGACAUUGGGAACGUCAAAUACCAUUCGGAAAGUGACAAAUAUUCAGUAAAAAGUCUAAAAUUUACGAAAUUGGGC